UACACAUUGCCCGCCAUGGCAUUUGACAUUUCGUGUUUACCAUCAAAAAAGGGUCGCAAGUUUACUGCUCUCCCGCUUGAAAUUUUCACUAGUCUCGAUUUGUUUAUGUUUAAUCAUCGACAAAUCCGUUUUCAAAACAUCCCGCAAAUAUAAACAAAUCCCCUUCCCGGUCGUGAACACAAUUAAAAGGCAUUGAAACCAUCAUUUUCGACAUUUACGUGAAAGUCUUGUGGAAUUUGCGCGAAUUUCUUUCACUUGUUGUGUGUUGUGUAUUUUUCUUUUGCUGGCCUUCUGGUUCGGGGGGAAAACGUCGAUCGGUUUGUGUUGGAUUCUGUGGGGAAACGUCGAUUGUUCGAGCAAUUUAAGUUGUUUAUGAAGAGCAUUCGGACAGCGAAGACAUUGGUUUGGCGUUGAUUUCGUGGACGGUGCGCGGCUCAAUUGAAAAUUAUCGACGAAAUGGACUUUAUGCCGGCGAAAAAUUUGGAAUUGGAUAAGAUUUGUCGUGUUUGCUUGGCAGCGAAAAAGGAUAUGCGACCGUUAUUUGGUGAGAUGGUGGCCGAUAUGCUGAUGGAAUGUGCAAGAGUUCAGAUCGAUAAUACGGAUGGUUGGCCCGACAAGAUAUGCGUGCAAUGUGUCCAUCAAGUUUCGCGCUGUCACGCUUUCAAAACCCGGGUGGAAAAAUCGGAUCGCGAGCUACGAAACUACAUAAAAAAAUUGACGGUCAUAGUUGAGGAGCCAAUCACCCAAUUGCCUACGAGUAACUGCAACGACAUUACACUGAAAAAUCUUCAAACACGACACGUGCCCAACACAGUUCAGGCCAAUGAUGUAACCACACAAAUGGUCAUUUCAAACGGACAACUGCACAACGCACACAUUUUGAAUGCAGCACAGAUUGUUACACAUAACGGGCAACAUGUCGCGCAAAUAGUAAACGCCGGUCAAAUUGGUCAAUUAUUACAGUCAGGGAGUACCGUUCAGAUGAUACAUCCAAAUGGUCAGCAGACACAGGUGGUGCAUAUACAACCGUCAUCGGAAACUCCAUGCGAGAUUAUUGUUCAACCUGAUCUGGAUGACGAUGAUGAUGAGACACAUUUCUUGGAGAGUGUUGAGGUUUCAGAAGCAAUAACAACGGAAGAGGUGGAUCAGGACGAUAUUAUUCAAAUUCAUGAAGAAGUCGAGGAGGAGGUGAAACACGAACCUAAACCUGAUGAAGAGGAAGAAAUUGUUUCCGAUGAAAUUGCGUUUGCAUUGGACAUUUCAGAUGAUUCAGAUGCUGAUGAAAAGAUGUAUCUAGCCGAAUUCAUUAGCUUACAAACAAGCUGUCCGUCGCCUGGGCGAUACGUUUGCAAUCUUUGUAGAAAAGAGUUUAAGCAUAGUCGAUGGAUACAAAAUCAUAUGAAGUCACACUCAAAUUGGAUAAAGGCCAACUGCAAACGACAGCCACAAUGUGAAAUUUGCCAUAGAAGUUUCAAAGGUCCGGGUAUGCUCAAAAUGCAUAUGAAGACUCACGAGAAGACAGCAGAUAGAGCACCUGUUUGUACUAUUUGUAAUAAGGAAUUCAAGUCGAAGACAAUUCUAUACCGGCAUAGGCAAACUCAUCAGAUGAAAUCUUAUCAGUGUGGACACUGUCUGAGGCCGUUCACAUCAUCCUACACUCUGGCGUCGCAUAUGACGAAGAAACAUGCUAACAGCGAACAUACUCGUAAAUAUAAAUGCGCACACUGUGAUGAAAUUCAUACAAAUAUUGAUGAUUUGAAGAAACACAUACAAACAGCUGGACACAUUGCUAGGGAAUCUAAAGCAGAUGAAAACAAUGCAAUGGCCUGUAAUGAAAAUGUGAAAAUGGAAUCCAUAACGACUAGUUAAAUUCUCGUUUCCUUGUUUCCUUGUUCCCUUCUCGUCAAUUCAUGUAUUUGUAUGAGUUAAUUGAUUCUCUUAAAGUUAAUUUCAUAUUCUAAUACGGAAACAAAAUAAAAAGAAAACAAACAUAAACGAAUUUUACAUUAUGAGUAACUUUGAAUUCAAUUUAAUUUCUGCAAUGCAAUAAUAAUGGGGAUAUUCUCUUUCUGGCAAUAAUUUUAUUAAUUUGUCCAUGUUCUAACUGUACAGCGUAGUCGAUUAUGUUUUACUUUUAAAGUUUUGUUACUAAAUUAAAAAAAUCGAAAUUGUUUUUCAAGGACAUGAAGAUUUUGAUAGGCAAUCAUGGCUUUAGUUUUAAGAGUUUUUUGAAUCGUGUCUUCUAGAUUUAAUUUAGAAGAUAAGAUGAUGCUAGGUUUAAGUGAAAACGGAAAAUGUUAGUGGAAAAACAAACAAAAAUUAUUAAUUCGGAAAUAUAUACAUUAUAUUUACAACAA